AUGGCCAAACGGAGAGUGGGUUUUUGCCUGAGCGAUAAAAAGAGAAAAAGAAUGAAUCUUACGGCUUUUGCCGAUCUCUGCGGGCACCGCGGCAUUGAAGUUGUUGAGAUUGACCUGAAUCAACCAAUGGCAUCUCAGGGGCCCUUUGACGUCAUUGUACACAAACUGUCUGAUGUCAUUGUGGAAGCAGAACAUGAUAGCCAAUCGCAGCAUCUCCUCGCUAACUUCCAGGAGUAUGUGUCCACGCACCCCGACACAGUACUGUUGGACCCACUCCCGGCAAUGACACAGCUGCUGGAUCGCUUCGCGUCCUAUCGCAUCAUGAACAAGCUGCAGAACUCUCUGAGAGACAGGUGUGUCUGCAGCCCGCCAUACCUGGAGAUCAACACCAGUGACCAAUCAGCGAUCAGGGAGGCAGUGGAGAGGAAGCAGCUCACCUACCCACUGAUCUGCAAAACCAGAGUGGCCCACGGGUCUCGUUCCCAUGAAAUGUCUCUGAUCUUCAGUCCUGCGGGUCUGAGUGAUGCGCGCCCCCCUUGCGUGCUGCAGAGUUUUGUGAACCACGGCGCCGUGCUACACAAGGUUUUCGUGGUGGGGGAGGCCCACUUCACCGUAGAGAGACCCUCUCUCAAAAACUUCCCCCUGGGGCCCUGUGACAGGAAGACAAUCUUCUUCAACAGCCAUGAGGUGUCCAAGCCAGAGUCCUGCUCCCACCUAACUGCUCUGGACGAGAAGACGCCCCGCCUGCCUCCCCCCAGCGAAGACGUGAUGGUGGCCCUGGUGAGGGAGCUGCGGGCCGAGCUUGGCAUGGCGCUGUUCGGGGUGGACGUCAUUGUCAACAUCGACACCCGCACCCUCACCAUCAUCGAUAUCAACAUCUUCCCUGGGUAUGAGGGCGUGCCCCAGUUCUUCUCCUCCCUCCUCAGCCACAUCGAGUCAGUGCUGGAGCACAGAGGAACCCUCCCGCCCCCACGCUCCCCUGAACCCCAACCCCACCAGGCUGUCCUCUGA